CCACACACAUCCUUUCCACAGUCUAGCCCUAACGAGCGCCUUGACAAUUGGCAAUUUUCAGGACGACUUUGGAACUUGACGAACUUCGACACCACGCCCGCCCAACCAGCCCCAGCACAGCCCAACCCGAACCCGACCUUCUAACCCCACCAGCAAAUCCAUCGCCAUGCCUCCCAAGUUCGAUCCCUCUGAGGUCAAGGUCAUCUACCUCCGUGCCACCGGUGGUGAAGUUGGUGCUACGUCCGCUCUUGCGCCCAAGAUCGGUCCUCUUGGUCUGUCGCCCAAGAAGGUCGGUGAAGAUAUCGCCAAGGCUACUGGUGACUGGAAAGGACUCCGUGUCACCAUCCAGCUCAGCAUCCAGAACCGUCAGGCUACCGUCUCGGUCGUUCCCUCCGCGUCGUCGCUCGUGAUCAAGGCCCUCAAGGAGCCCCCGCGUGACCGCAAGAAGGAGAAGAACAUCAAGCACACCAAGUCGGUUCCUCUCGAGGAGAUCAUUGAGAUCGCCCGCAUCAUGCGCACCAAGUCGCUGGCCCGUGAGCUCAAGGGUACCGUCAAGGAGAUCCUCGGAACUGCCUUCUCUGUCGGCUGCCAGGUUGAUGGACGGAGCCCCAAGGAUAUCUCCGACGACAUUGAGUCCGGCGAGAUUGAGAUUCCCGAGGAGUAAAUUCUUCGUUAAUCUUGAAUAAAAGAUCUGGUUUUCUUAACGGUAUUGGGAUCGGACCGGCGUUUUCGGGUUGCUUUUGGUAGCUCCAGUGCAAAUGGGAUACUGUGGACAAUCCGAGUUCUCUCGUUG